CCAAAGACACUUUUCUCGUUUAAACAAUCUAACGUGAAAUUUCCUGCAGGAAUCUUUUGAUUGCUUUACCAUUUCCUCGUGUUUCGCUGAUAAACAGACAUUUUUCUCUGUUGACCUUUAUUAGUUUGAUCUGCCAAGCCUGACUUCUGCUAAUCAGUUGGUGCUCGUUGGCACAACUGCAAAUCAUUCGCAGCAAAUGGAGAAAAAAUCCAGCGCCGAGCUGUGCAUCGAAUUCUGCUCCAUUACCAACAGUGACUUCUCCCUAGCGGAGCGCACGCUACGCAAGCAUGAGUGGAAUCUGGAGGCGAGUCUUGACGAGUUCUUCAGCACUUCGGAUGCCACGCCAGCCAACAUUGCUGUUCUUUCCGGUUCUCCACCUCGGAAACGACCACGAGCGCCCUGUGAAAGCGCGGUGCCUGUGAUUGAUUUGUCGCCGGAUGCGCCGUCGACGUCGACGGCCGGCAUCAGUGCCAACGGUGGCGUCGGUGGGUCCACCGUCGGCCUCACCGCGAUGCCACUGGAUCUGGCCAACGGCAAGGAGCGUCCGGAUGUGUUCCGCAUUGUGUCAUGGAAUGUUGAUGGACUGGAUGAUGAAAGCUUGAUGGCGCGCACUUGCGGUGUGAUAAGUGAGAUUCAGUUGAAGAAACCGGACGUGGUAUUCCUCCAGGAAAUCGUCGAUACGAACUUGGCAAUACUCCAAUCCCAACUGGGCACUGCUUACCUGUUACGCACUGGUGGAUCAGAGGGAUACUUCACCGCCACUCUGUUGUCGCGCGAGACGAUGCAGCUGGAAGACGACAACAUUGUGCCCUUUCCCAACACUCGCAUGGGUCGCAAUCUCCUCAUUGUUAAUGCGCUCUUUGAUGGUAUCCCCCUGUGUCUGAUCAAUUCGCACUUGGAGUCAACAAAGGAUGCGGCGGAGGAGCGUAAGCACCAGUUGGCCGACGCUUUUGUCCGAAUGCGCGAGGCGCCGGUGGAGCGGACGGUAAUUUUUGGCGGAGAUCUCAAUCUGCGUGAUUCUGAGUUGCGAGCCAUCGGCGGCAUUCCUUCGCGCAUCGUAGAUCUGUACACGGUGACCGGGUCGCGGAAGGAAUGCGAGAACACCUGGGACACCCAGCGCAACGUCAACGCCAUGCAAAAAGUCGGUCGAUCGGUUAAAAAAAUCAUCUGUCGCUUCGAUCGCUUGUAUUUCCGGCCCAGCGAGACCAGAUGCGCAUUGUUGCCGCUGCAUUUCAACCUGGUGGGACUGCGUAAAGCGCCCAGUUCUCAGAAAUUCCCUUCUGAUCACUGGGGCAUUCUAGUUACAUUUGAUCGGAUCUUCCCAUCUUGACGAGCCGUUUCGGUUUUUUCUUGACUCAUUAUGUCUGAGCCGUUUUCCGUUGACAUUAUUUUGAUAUGAAAUAGUUUUUGCUCAUCGGCAUGUUUUACACUGAAUUUGUAGUGCUUGUAUUUUGUGCACGAGCAGUACUGUGCUUUAAUUGGUUUUGGACUUGUGCAUGAGUAGCAAGAGACUGAUUUGAAAGGAAUUGUGAUUUGAGAUUAGAGAUGAGUACUUAGAGAUGAGUACUUAUUUUGCUUGAUUUAAUUGCAAAAUAUUGCAAACUUGACAGAAUUUAUA